CCCCGCGAGCCAGCUGCACUUCCUUCGAAGGGCUCGGCGGCGGAUGACUGGGUGGGCGGGGAAGGUGCCUCCGGCCCAGCCGCGGAGGGAAGACGAGCCCGCCGGGAAGGGGAGACGGAAGCGGGAGUAAAGGGCCGGGCCCCCUUCCAGCCGCCUUGCCCGGCAUCCGUGCCCUUGUGCUCAAAGGAGCGGCGGGGGAGGCGGCGGCGGCGGCGAGUCUCGUUGAGGGCAGGAAGGCUCAGCCCAGAAACGGAGCGCGGGGGAGCUUGGGCUGGCCGAGGAAGGCGCCGCGUUCUCGCUCUCGCUCGCUCUCGCUCGCUCGCUCAGGGCGCGACUCCUCUGAGAAGCCGGAGCGGAGCGGGCGCAAGGUGGUGGAGGGGGUUUUGUGAGGGCUGCGCGGCGCCGGUAAGGUGGGAGGCGGCGGGAGAGACCGCCGCUAAGGGGAGAGGAAGUCAGUCGGGAUUUCAGUGAACUUUUCCACGUCCAAGACGCUUUUCGAUGCAGCCCUGACGACGUCUCCUCAGAAGCAAGCGCCACUGAGUUUUACAGUACUUGGUCCCGCGUAAGCGCAUGUAGGACUGACGUUUCUGGGCUAAUAGGAAAGAAGUAACAAAUGUCUUCGAAGCCUGUGUCAUCGGAACGCAAAUCAGGGCCACAUGGUCGCUCUGUCCAUUAUGAUGAAGUGUACGUGGAUUACCCUUCCGAGGAAGAUACCGAAAGGGAUUUUCAACAUGCUGAACAGAUACUAAAUUCAGACCCCUUGCCGCCGCCGCCUCUUCCCCUGCAGCCCCCCUUUGGACCUGAAUUUUAUCCAAGUGAAAGCGAAGAACCAGCUGGGACCUCUGAGAUCAAGCCAGUGAGGAAAUUCAUUCCAGACUCAUGGAAAAACUUCUUCAAAGGGAAAGGAGAUGAUCCUGAGUGGAGUAAGCCAGUAUGUGCAAUUUCUGGUGGAGUUGAGUGCUCUCCACCAUCCUCUCCAACGCUUACUCCAGUGAAAACAGUCCAUACUUCAGCUCCAAGCUCAUAUCAGGAUCCAUAUGGAGGCUCAGGGGGCACCUACAAUUCACGCAAAGAAGGUGAAGCCAUGCUCCCGUCAGAUCCCUAUGGCUCCCUGGAAAGGCAUACCCAAACAGUUCUAACUUACAGUGAGAAAGUAGAAGCUUUUAAUCUCAGAUACUCCUACAUGAAAUCGUGGGCAGGUUUGCUCAGGAUCCUUGGUGUGGUUCAAUUGCUCCUUGGUGCAGCAGUGUUUGCCUGUGUCACCGCUUACAUUCACAAGGACAAUGAAUGGUACAAUAUGUAUGGCUACUCGCAGCCCUAUGGUUAUGGGGCAAGCAGCACAUAUGGAGGCUAUUACUACAGUGGGCCUAAAACUCCCUUUGUCCUGGUUGUAGCAGCACUCGUUUGGAUAGUGACUAUUAUCCUGCUAGUACUUGGCAUGUCCAUGUAUUACAGAACUAUUCUUCUAGAUUCCAACUGGUGGCCUUUGACUGAAUUUGGAAUCAACGUGGCUUUGUUCAUUUUGUAUAUGGCAGCUGCUAUAGUCUACGUAAAUGAUGCUAACAAAGGAGGACUUUGCUACUACAGCUUAUUUAACACACCAAUGAAUGCAUCAUUUUGCCGUAUAGAAGGGGGACAAACAGCUGCAAUUAUCUUCUUGUUUGUGACAAUGAUUAUUUACCUUAUUAGUGCCGUAGUUUGCCUAAAGCUGUGGAGGCAUGAAAGUGCGCGGAAGCACAGAGAGUUUAUGGCAGAACAGAUGAAGGCACCAUCUUUUGAACCAAAAAGAAUGUAUGAAGAUGAAAAGCACAGUCCCAAUGCAGCAGUAAGCUCAAAGAAGUCGAAGCCUUUGGAAAUAAAACCUGAACUGCUCAAUGGCCAUAUACCAGCAGGGCAUAUUCCUAAACCUAUAGUGAUGCCAGACUACUUAGCUAAGUACCCAGCAAUUCGGACAAAUGAAGAAAGAGACCGCUAUAAAGCUGUGUUUAAUGAUCAGUUUUCUGAAUAUAAAGAGCUCUCUGCUGAGGUCCAAGCGGUCUUGAAGAAAUUUGAUGAGCUAGAUGCACUGAUGAGGAAGUUACCUCAGCAUCCUGGAAACACUCUUGAACGUGAAAGGAUUGCCAAUGUUUUGCAACAAUAUAAAAAGAAAAAGAACGAUCCCACAUUUCUGGAGAAAAGAGAACGAUGCGAGUACCUGAAAAACAAACUUUCUCACAUAAAACAACGAAUUCAGGAAUACGAUAAAGUUAUGAACUGGAAUGCUCAAGACAUCCAUAACUUUUAACCAAUUAGGUUUUUAUUCAGUUUGUAUAUGUUUAUUUAUUGUAUAAACAUAGUGCUGUAAAGUAAACUCAAAUCAUUUCCAGCUACAAUUUGUAAAUUUAUGAAAAACCUUUCAAGUCUUUUUCAGAUAUUUCAUUUCAUCAUUGUACAUUUUAUAAUUUUUGCUUAUUAUGAACCUAUUUUAUCAUAGAGACAAUUUAAUUUGCCUUUUUCUAUUCUUUUGGUGCCUCAGAGUAUUUUAUUAUUUUCAUUAAACUGCUUC